UACGCGGAACUCGCCGGCCAAAAAGCUAAAAUCGAAAUAAAUGUUAUAAAUCUAUAGGGAAAAGUAAUCAAUAAUCAUCAUGGGAUGUUUGUCUAAUUUAUUUCGGUUUAUUCUUAUUGUAUUAAUCACAAAAGUAUACGCCACGUUGGCCAGUCCAGCUCCAGCAAAGACCGAAGUCUAUGCCAAGACACCAGCCAAAAAUGAAAGUGCAAAAGCCAAAGUGAGCCAAUAUUUUCUGCACGAGCCCUACGGACCCAACACCUAUGCCUUUGGCUAUGAGAUCGAUGAUCCGCAAACACACAACUCACAAUUCCGGGAAGAACGCCGCUUCGUGAAUGGUAGCAUCCAGGGUAGCUACGGUUAUGCCCGACCCAAUGGAGUCAUCCAGGUCACCCAAUACACAGCGGACGAGAAGAAAGGUUACUCUGCUCAGAUGCACAACUACAAAAUGGGCGAUGAAAAGGUGAAGGCAGUGUGGCCCACCCAAAGACCCGAUAUCCUGGUGGAUAGAAGCAAGGUGGAAUCUCCAGCCAACAUUACCUGGGAUCCCAUGAGUCACCUCAAUGUGAGCGUCACCCAUGUGGCGGAUCAUGUGGCUAAGCAGUUGAAGGAGCAGCAUGGUCUCGACUUAAACCACAUUGAUGUGACCAAGGAUGUCCUGAAGCCAGAUGUACUCAAUGUAAUCCAGGGCAAGACUCCCAAUCAGGUUAUGCCUAUCCAGAACGUGAUACCCCAACAGUUUCCCAUUGCUCCUUUCCAACUGCCUACGGAGCAGGAGGUCACCAAGGCCACCACUGAGUCCGGCAAGUCUGCAGAACCCCAGAAAUCAGAGACUUCAAAAUACAAUAAAGCUAAGGCAAAUAAUGCUGAGAAGGCCCCGCAAGUGGAGGAGGCAGAGUCCAGCCUGCCUCCUCCCAAACCACUGGACAAUGCUACUCCUAACCAUGCAAAUUGGCAACAGCGAACCAUUGAGGCGAAUCGGAGAGAAUUCCUGGCCAAUUUACCCGAUCUAAGUGAAGUCAGGCCAAAGUAAAUGUCCAAGUUACUGGAAAUUCACUGAGAAAAAGUCUACAAAGAUGGGUAAACUAUCUCUUAAG